AUGUCAAAACACUCAUCAAACACACCAGCUUGGACACGAUUAAUUCGAUUCAUCGCCGUUGAAGAUGGUCUGACAUAUUCAGGCGAGCCUAUCCUCGCACAAACAGCAGAUGUUGGUCAAGCAUUUGCAGCUGGCUCUCCUCCUUUGCAAGCGCGUAUCCUGGCAAGAGAUGAUCCAUUAGAUACAUCUUUACGUUUACGAUCAACAGUAAAAACUGUCAAAAAGCUUUUAUCACCACUUGAUCCAAAAACUCAAUUAGGUGAAAUUCGUUGUUUAGGUGCAAAUUUCGUUCAACCAGGGCAAGAUGCAAAAGAAGCAAAAAGUGUAGAAAAGAGACCGAAAUUGCCAAUCGUAUUUUACAAACCUGCAGCUUGUGUUGUAGGAUACGGUGAUGAUAUUCGCUUACCCAUCGAAGCUGCUGGUCAGACAGAUUGGGAGGUAGAAUUGGUCGUCGUGAUCGGCAAAACGUGCAGAAAUGUGAAACGUGAAAACGCAUUGGACUACGUCUUGGGAUAUACAUUGUCCAACGAUGUGAGCGCAAGAACUCGAAUGUUCUCCGUACCGCAGUGGGGAUUAGGUAAAUCGUUCGAUACCUUUUUGCCAUUAGGUCCUUGCAUCGUCAGUUGUGCCUCUCAGUUGGUCCACGACCCUGAUUCAGUGCAACUCAAAACUCAUGUCAAUGGAAAGAAGAUGCAAGAUGGAAACACGCGGGAAAUGCUUUUUGGCGUUUGUGAAACGAUCGAAUGGCUAUCGCAGGGAACAACGUUGGAAGCUGGUUCAAUCAUCUCAAUGGGAACUCCACCAGGUGAAGGUUUCAAAAUGAAACCACCAAUCUUUUUCAAGCAUGGCGAUCUUUGUACCGUCUCUGCUUCUCACGGUUUGGGCUCUUUGACCAACCCAGUCGUAGAAGAAAGCAAGUUGUCCAGUACUGGUGGUGAAAAGUCACGUUUGUAGACAAGAUUAUGAAAUAUAUUUUCUCUAUGUUGAUAUGCGAUAAUAGUACAAAAAUGAAAAAAAGAAGGUGACACAUAAUACACGAUAGAAAAAGAAGAAUCUGAGCAUGACUAUACACUUUCAUAC